AUGGGGGCUUCAGGGAACGCUGGCAACAGAAGCAGGCACACAGCCUCAAAGUGGAACAUGACCCCUUCUCUUCUGCAUUCCCUCCAGGAAAACAUGUGGACUCUGAUCAACACGCAGCCCCUACUUCUGCUGUUCCUGCUUCUGAGGCCACUGCUGUUCCUAAAGACAGAUGACUAUGCUAUAUCAGGAGCAAAAGAAGAAGAAUUUUAUGAUUACACGGAAGAAUUAUAUGCUGUAGGGCCUACAAAACCACCCACCAGAGAAUCAUUUAAAAAGCGCGUCCUUGUUAGUAGUGAUGGGAAACCAUUAGCUGAUAAAGACUACUGUAAUGAAGAAAUGAAGAUGAAAAAUGUUCACAACAGGUUCUUCUGUGUUAAAGAACAUUUCUUCCUCCAAGCAUCAUAUGAGAGCAUUCAACAGAUCUGUUACAAUUUAUUUGUGCCAUGUAGAAAUAAUGUUAGGAAAUGUCACAGAGGUAGGGAAAUAAUAAAAGCAGUGCAUUGUUUGUUAAUAAGUGGGAUCACAAUGCCAACCUGUAUGUACAAAUCUACUUACAAGGAGGGACUGGUCCUUCUGACUUGUCAAUGGGAAAAUGAAAUUGGAGAUAUUAUUCCUAAUCAUGUAAAUGAUAUUAUACUGGUAUAA